AUGGGGGAUCCUGGAAUCCUGGAAAGGAUUGAAAGCCUUAGCCUUGAAAUUUGUGGUGCAGCAGAUUUGGGGACUCUCUCAGCUGAGGAAGACAAGUCACUUGACCACAUGUCACAGAUCAGCUGCUGGGGCCUGAUGGGCUGGAGGCGCGAGCGCCCCCUCUGCGGCCGCGAGUCCCCGCCCUCGGCCCCACCCCGCCGCGGCUGCCCCGGCGCGCCGUCCACACCCCUGCGCGCUGCUCCCGCCCGCUCGGGGAUCCCCGGCGAGCCGCGCCACCGAGGGGGAGGUGUUCGGCCUGGGCCGGGAGGGAGACGGCAGGCGGCGUCCCCUUUAAAAGCCGCGAGCGCCGCGCCACGGCGCCGCCGCCGCCGCCGUCGCCGCCGGAGUCCUCGCCCCGCCGCGCCGCGCUGCGCCCGGCUCGCGCUGCGCCCGCCGCUCCGCUUCCCACACCCGGCUGGGGAUUGGCAGCCGCCGCCGGACAUCGGCCGCCACAGGCUCCGCCGCCCACCCGGACGACCUCGGGGCGAGCGCCUCGCGGAUUACUGCGGGCUCCGAGGCACCCGCGCCCGCAGACUCUGCGCGGGUUGGAGCACCCGGCCGUGCGCGCCCCUGCGCCGUGGCCUCGGCUGCCCGGGCCGCGCCGGAGCCGAAGACCGGCGUGCAGAGCGCCGGGGAGCCGGGAGCCGACCCCGAGCGCCGCGAUGCCGAUCACCUCCCGCCGGAGCUCGGGGGCCUGGGACGUGCCGGCCGAGGUGUGAUCGUACCCCAGGCUGGCCACAGAGGGCACAGCGGCUUGGCCCGGGGGCGAGGAGAGCGAGGGGAGAGCGCGGCCACCCGCUUCGGCGGCCAGAGACUCGGCUCGACUCGCUGGAGAAUGCGCCCGAGGAUGCCGGAGCGCCGGAGCCGCGGUGGUUUCAACUGGCUAGCGCUAAUGGGGGUGCGCUGGAGGAAGGCAGAGUGAUGCGGGGGGGCAACUCGCCCGGCACCGAGAUCGCCGCUGCGCCCUUCCCCGGACCCGGCGUCUCCCAGGAUGGCUGGCCCGAGCCAUGGCCCCCGGCGGAGCUAGCGCCGAGCGCCCGACCCUCGCCCCCAGAAUCCCGGAGCCAGCCCCCCGCGGGGCCACGCGUCCCGCGGGCUCUGGUUCCUAAGGAGGACGAUAGCACCAGCUUUUCCUUUCUCCCUUCCCUUCCCUGCUCCGCACUCCUCCCCCUGCUCGCUGUUGUUGUGUGUCAGCACUUGGCUGGAGACUUCUUGAACUUGCAGGGAGAGUAA